AGAAACCGUACAAUGGAUGAUGAGGCAGGCUGAGAUGCUAGCGGCGCGAUACCAGACGCCUCGCCCAACACAGCGACCUUCGAGAACCCUUCUGCAGCCGACGUCCCUGACUGCGGUAUUUCUUCUCCCUUCACACCACCCACCAGCACUCAAUCAAACUCCGCCUCUCCUACAGCUCAAAACCCCUCGCCUGUGCCUACUCAACGCAUCCCUUACGCCCGUCCUCGCACCGCAUACGCGGCACCCCUCCGCCCACAAUCCUUACACGCUGUGCACGCCCAUCUUGGCACCGCGGCCAGCCCCAAUUCCUAAGCCCCACGUGCCCCCCAUCUCUCUCUCCUGUUCGUCAAAGUCCCGCCAAGAGCAGCGGAAACAAGCCUUCUUGGCGGUGCACGGGCGUGGAAGCGCGUGGGGUCCUGGGAAAGUACGACUGCGCGUGCAUGCGCGCACGCGGCGCGGCAACGUGGUUCUGGGUGCUGUAAGGUGGGUAUUGGUGGAGGCGGGUGCGCCGAUGGGAUGGUGAGCUUGCGUGUAAGUAUCCACCUUGGUGUGUCUCGGUGGUGCUGUGUC